AUGUCUACCCGACCGAGAGGAAGAUGGGUGAAAGAAUUACCGCUGUCCGAAAUCAUCGACGGCUUGGAGAAUAUCUGCAACGAGGACUGGAAAGAUACGGGUGUAAAAGACGUUGAGGGAGUGAAGCGGCUCUCGGGGCCAGGACUAGAGACCAAGGAGGUACCAGGAGUCACCGCUUCGGGGCACAAGUGGCCACAGAGGUUGCAUGAGAUGUGUUUUAUGUAUAUCGGGGACAUCGGAGAAGAACAACUCUACGACGUGUUCAAGAGAGAAAAGAACCUGGAAAACCUCAUGUGCCAACAAACAAACGGACAUUGUCACCCCAAGAACCUCAAGGUCAAGAAAGUGGACGACGAAUUGUGA